AUGAGAGAGAUUCUUUAAUUUCAUGUUGGAUAAGCUGGAAUCCAAAUAGGAAAUACUGCCUGGGAAUUGCUUUGUUUAGAACACGGAAUUCAACCUGAUGGUUCUGCUCCAAGCUCUUAGAAUCUCUAGGUUUUAUUUUCAGAGUCAUCAACUAAAGCAAAUGUGCCCAGGGCUGCAUUCUUUGAUGAUGACCCACUUACUAUCAAUUCACUUAAUAGAGGACCAUUAAAGAAGGUCUUGAAUUAAAACCUCAUUAAAUUAUUUAAAGAUGAUGCAUCAUCAAUAUGGGCAUCCAAGAAGAUUAAAUAAUACGAUGAAAAAGAUCGGUCUACUCGUACUGCUGAAGAAAUCGUUCGCAAAAUGUUGGAAUCUGCAGAUGCAGCCUCAGCGAUUAUAAUAUAUCAUUCAUUAGCAGGAGGAUUUGGAAGCGGUUUCACAUGCUAAUUAUUAUAAUUGUUGAAUGAUGAAACUGCUAAAACAACAAAGUUGACAGUAUCAGUAUUUCCAUCAACUAAACAAGACUAAUUAUUUACUUAACCUAUUGUUGAACCCUAUAAUACAAUACUCACUUUGCCAACACUUUCAGAAAUGUCUGAUUUCAAUAUUCUUUAUGAUAAUGCUGCUAUGUAUAAAGUAUGCCAGAAUCAAUUAGAUUUUGAAACACCCAAUUAUAGUCAUCUCAAUUAUAUGAUUGCUUAAACUAUUUCAUCAAUUUCUCAAUCAAUUAGAUUUCGAGGUACUAAAUUGGUUGAUUUUAAUGAUAUGAGAAAUAACUUAGUAACAACACCCAAAUAAAAAUAUCUAUGGGCUUCCUAUUCUCCAUUCAUCUACUCAGAUUAAUAGCAUUUAAAAAAACCUAACCUUUAAAAUAUAACUGAAUCUUUAUUUGAUGAUAGUGGGCAUCUUCUUAGUUUUAAUAGACUUACACAUAGAUACCUUGGCUCAUCAUUAUUUUUCAAAGGAGAUUGCCCUCUCCCCGAAUUAAAUUAUGUGAUUAAACAAAUCAAACAAUCGGAAGAAAUACGCUUUGCAGAAGGAACCUAAGUUGCUUAUUAAACCUGUGUUUCAAAUGCUCAACCUUGUACACUACCAAAUUACCCAUUCGCCAAAUAUAACAAAGCUGCUUGUAUGUUGGCCCAUUCUACUGGUGUCUUGUACAAUUUUGAAUCCCUUAAAAAACGAUUUAGCACUCUUUAUUAAAAAAGAGCAUUUGUUUCGUGGUAUGUAGGGCAAGGAUUAGAAGAAGGACAAUUUAAUGAAUCAAAUGAAUCUUUACAAUAAAUAAUUGAAUUAUACAAAGGCCAGCAUGGAGACGGAAAACCCAUUGAGGUUUAACCAAAAACAGAUAGAAAAUAAGAAUAUGGGUACAAAAAGGAGAAAUAAGCAUAAUAAUAACCAUAAGUUAAAAAAACUCAAGAAGUUAAAAAAACAUAAGAAGUUAAAAAAACUCAAGCUCCAAAAGCAAACAAUUAACUUACAACAGCAAAAGUAGAAAAUAACAAUUAUUCUGAAGAUGCAUAUGACCAAAGAGCACCUGCAAAAGUCUAAUAGAAACCCUAAAAUCUUUAAACAAAUAAUUAAAAAUUAUCUAACUCUGCAAAACCAAAUAGAAUUUAACAAGAAGAUGAUAGUUAUGUAAAUCAACCAUAAUAACAAGAAGAUGCUAAUUAAAUAAAUCAACCUUAAUAAUAAGAAAUUAUCAAUUAAUAAGCCCCAUAAUAAGAUGAUGGAGCGCCUCUUUAAUUGUAAGAGGCUCAAUAAUAAAAUGAAAAUGAUUUAUAUGACGAAAGUAAUGAUCAAUAACUUAAAUAAAACGAUCAGCAAGGACCUAAAGCAAAUCAAUUAAAUGCAGUUGAAAAUCUAGAUAUAAAAUGA